AGCGGCGGCGGCGGCGGCGACGCGGCUCGGCGCGCCCGGGGGGUCCCCGCGUCGGCGGAGCCCAUGGAGAGGCGCGAAGGGGCGUCUCGGCGUCCCGCGGCCCCCCGCGAACGCAGAGGGGAGCCGGCCCCCGGCCAGCCCGGCGAGCCGCUGUCCACUGCUGAAGCUCCCGCCGCCGCGGCCGCCGCCGCGCUGCCCGCCUGGAUGCGCCUCUACUUCUACGGCAUGCACGGCAUCACCCUGGACGUGCUGGUGUCCUCGCUGCGGCGCUUCGCGCGCAGCCCCGACCUCCGGAUGCUGGGCUUCUCCUCGCCCUACCGCUGCCUCCUGCACUCGCUCACCCACUUCGCGCUGGAGAAAGUCUACCUGCAGGGACGCCUCUGCCCCAGCGCCUUCGUCUUCAAUUUCCUGCUGUACCCCUCGGCUCACGUGGGGCUGCAGACCCUGGCGAGCCAGGCGCUGCUGCUCGGCGUGGGGGGCCGGCCCGGGGGCGCGGGGGCGCUCGACCUGGCGCUGCAAUAUGUGCUGGCGCUCUACCACGGCCAAGUGUUCCUGAAGCGCUUCCUGUGCUUGCAGUACCAGGGGCGGCAGCCGCAGCCGCAGCCGCAGUCGCAGCAGCCAAGGAGGCGGCGAGGUUCGUCCCCGGCGGUUCUUCCCUCCGGAGUCCAGGCUCCUGCGGCGGCGGUGACUGGGGACCGGCAGCAGGGACCAGUCAGCCGCCUAGACGCGGGGGUGGGACCCCCCAGCCAGGGGUUGCCAGAUGUGCUGCGCUUCCUCUUCUUCGGCAUGCAUGGCUUUCUGGAUGAGAUCUUCUUCACCUUCUUCUUUAACGUGCUAGGGCAGGGGGAUGGGGCAUCCAGUGGGCACACCUCGCUCUGGUCCUUCCUCAUGUACGGCAGCUGCAGUUUCGUGGUCGAGAAGCUCUACUUCCACCUCCACUACAGUCGAGGCUGGGGGACCUGGAAGCGGUUGCCCAUCUACGUGAUCUUCAUCUACACCUGGGAGUUUUCCUGGGGUCUGGGACUCCGAACUUGCGGUGCUUGCUCCUGGGACUAUUCGCACUACCCGCUCAACUUCAUGGGUCUCAUCACGCUGAUGUAUCUCCCUGGCUGGAUAUUCCUGAGUGUCUACCAGGAUCUACUUUCCAACGUGCUAUGGAGGGUUCAGUACGUGCCAACCAACUAAGACCAAAACCAAAAAGCGUCCUGGAUUCCCACGAAUGCAUAAGAUAUUAUUUUUACACCUUUUCAGCGGAGUGGGUUUUUGAACCUUUGAAUUUUUUUAUACCUUUUACUAAACUCUUUCAACUUGUUUUAGUCGACAGUUUAGGACGUUUUCUUUCUAUGAGGAAACUAUGCAUAAUACGAUACUUUGAAAAUAUUGCUGGGAACAUUACUCAGAGUAUUUGAUUGUCAAUACGUUCAAUCCCUUACAAGCCCAAACAGCAAAACCAUUAUACCUUAACAUCAGAAAGCUGUAGUAUUUGUUUAUUUGGGUGUAACUGGGCAGUAGGUACUAAUCUUUUUUUUUUCUUCUUCUUUUUAAAUACUUUCCAUCUUGUUUCUUUUUUUAAAUAAGAGCAUUCUUUAAUUCAGAGACCUGUGGUACUUUUUACAAGAUUCGAGGAAAUUUUCUGAUUUUCUGUCUUUCGUUCUUUUAAAUGUCACUUUAUUCUGAUUUCUUGACAUAUUUACCAGGGACUGCUCAAACCCAGUGUCUUGUACUCUUAAAACUACAGUUAAUAGCUCUUAAAGUGCCUCUGUCUAGCAUACAAGUGAAAAGAAACUGAAAAAUGUGAAAAUACAUCCUAUGAAUAGAUUUUUUUUAAAAUAAGAAUCUUUUCUAGCAUCUCAGACAGGUGACACUGUGUUAAGCAUCCUGCAAAUACUUGUUUUCCAAUGGGGUUAGCCUUAAAUGCCAAGAGUAUUAGCAUUGAUCAGAGUUUUGUGUUCUAUAUGACUGUAAACUUUUUGUUACUGUGCAAUAAUAUGAAAUGUUUACCAGAUGUGUACAAGGGCCAAGCAAAAUUACUCCAUCUUCAAUAGUGUUCUAUCCCUAAGGACCCUUUCUAUGUGGAGCUUCAAGAGUCAAAACAGUUUCUUGGAAUAAAAUGAAACUGAAACUUCACACUAAUUGCAUUAAACCUAGUAGUUUACUGUGAAUACAUAAAUGUCUUUCAGCUUACUUCUGCCAUGCCUCACUUGUAGACAUUUUUCUGUUUGUUUAUGCCUCCACGGAGUCUUGGGCUAAAUCUUAAGCAGUACUGUUCAUUGAGAAGCAAUGAUAGCUUUUUUGAUGACUCAUUAGUAAUGUUUGGAAGCUCCAAAUUUAAAUGAGAUGAUGUAAACCAUUUUAAGAAAUUAUGUCUAAUCAAUUAAUAAUGUACUGAAGAUUGCUGUUUUUAAUCUACUUCGGAAAGACAAGUCUAGUUGAUUAUGACUCAGCCAAGGAUGAUUAAUACCUUCUUGAGUUUUCAAUACAAAAAUAAUUAGAAAAACUUAUAGUGUGUGCAAAUGAAUAGUUCCCUAUUCAAAUUAUUAGCUUCCCUGUGUUAUGGAAAAAGGACUUUCUGUUUUCAGAAGAUGUUUACUCUGUCAGUAAAAGCAAACAUUAGACUUAAGUCAGGCAUAAUUCUAAGAAUAUGCUAUUUUUUAAUUCACUAAGUUGUAACUGAAUUGAGUAAUGCUUUCCAAUCAGUGUUACUGGUAAAUGGUUAAUGUCAAGUGAAUUAUUUUAGCCAAAGCUGAGAAGAGACCUGCAACUAAAGUGUUUACAAAAAAUUCACCUGAGUAUUACUUCAUGACACUUUGUCAUGUGCAAAAUAUU